AUGACAGUGGCUCUUAAGCUGGUGAAGCGACUUUUUUUUUGUGCAGUAUGGGAAAGGUGGGCAAUGAAAGCUCAUGGUGUGGACUGGGAAGACCGGGCGAAGUGUUGUUUGCGAAUCUCAGCGACAUUUGAGUACCACCUACGUGAUGAUAUGCCGCAUUGUGGUCUUGUACACAAGACCUUGGCGAAGGCAGGUGAUGUUGGUGUUUUUUUUUUUUUCAUCCCUUGGACUUUAGCCUGCUCCUCUUAUCUGCUGGCAACGUGGGGGCUGAUGUCCCUUGCGAUGGGGGCGUCUUGCCACACGAGGGUUCAGUACAAUCUCUGUCUCUUGUGUACAGCAUCACUGUAA